UUGAAGUUUGUAAAGGAGGAGUAGUGUCCGAAUUGAGAAAAAUAACCGAUCACGUAUUAAGUAAAGCGGAAGCCAACAGAACUUUAGCUUCGUAUUAUGUAGAUCACAAAGACGAGUAUAUGUAUCUAAGAUGUUAUAACGGGAUUGUGGUAAACGGAAGUGAUUUUUUUAAAAAUCACGCAUUAGAAUGGGAAAGAAGUUUGAAAAAAUGUAGAAAGAGUGAUAAUCUUUCUAUGUCUGAAAGUAUUAAGUUGCUGGCUAAUAUUAUUUUUCAAAGAGAUGUUUUAGGAGAAAAUAGUCCCAUUGUUGAUUUUUUACAGCUCAGGGCUUUUGUAGAAAAAAAAAGCGAACUAUUAACUCCAUUCUUUGACGAAAUUGAAGCAGCAGUCGGUAUGGAAAAUAAGAAUGAAGACAAAAGACAAGAACUCAAUCGAUCUCUAGCAUAUCAAUGUUAUUUAAUGUGCUGGAAUCGAAAUAAACCUAUACCACUUUGGAAUCUAAAAGAUGAAAAAUUGAAAAGUAAAGAGUUUAUGUGGGUGGAUGGUGUGGUUGUGCUGAUGAAUUUGCUUUAUGAUAGAAAAAAGAAGCAAAAUCUGCCAUCUUUGUAUAGUUUUCAAGAAUUACGAAAGGAAAUGGAAGACAAGGAUCAUCGGCUAAGUAUUUUUUUUAAUUCUAUUUAUGAUGCUGCAAAUCCGUUUGAAAGAAGCGAGAAGUAUUUAGAAAAGCUAGACAAACGUCUAGCUUUGAAUGUUAUCUUAUCUGUGACAGAAAUGUCGAUAUUUUUAAAUUCUAUGAGAACAGCUCAUGAAGCAAUUGAUGCAUUCGUAUUAGCUGGAGUUAUGAUUACAUCUCGUCAUAUGGAUCGAAAGAAGGCUGAUAUUGCAGAAUUACACGAUGAUUUGGUUGAUGGUUACCUUAAUAAGAAC